AUGGUAUUUUUUAUUGUUAUAGGGAAAGUGCCAUAUACUUUCACAACGUGUCCAAGGGUUAACUUGGAGAUAUUCGAAAUUACAAAUGAUGGCGAAGACAAUAACUACAGUUCAAGUUGCGAUACCUUAUUCGGGGACAACUCUAAUGGUGAUGAAUACGUGCCAGAUCCGAAAGAUUACAUCGACUCAUCAUCAGACAACGAGAUUGAUAAUGAGAUGGUAGAUGCACAGAGUAAUAAUGAACUGAUGGAAGAAGAGAAUGAUAUACUAAUGGAGGAUAAUAACAUACACGUAAGUCAGGCAAAAUCUAAUGAAAAUAUUGUUGGUCAUAAUGAAAAAGAGUAUACAUUGCCUACAGUCCACCGUAAAAAGAAACAUUUCCAACCAAAAAUAAAAAUGACAAACACUGACCAAACAAUGCCAAAUAUAAAUAUUACAACGUGCGAAGUCGAUGACCAUUCGUUAAUUGCACGGGUAGGCAUCAAAGCGCCAGAGUUUUGGCGCACUGAACCAGAACUAUGGUUUUUCUGGCUGGAAGCUCAGUUUCGACAAGCCAAAAUCACAACUGACAACUGUAAAUUCGACCAUACUGUUGCUAGUUUAAACAGCGAAGUACUUAUAGAAGUAGCAGAUAUAGCAAAGAAUCCCACUGCUGGCAAUGCUUAUAUACAACUAAAAGCUCGACUUCUAGACAGGUAUGGCACCAGCUCAGAUGAAAAGAUCCUGAAUUUGAUGGAACUCACUCAAGCGUUGGCCAUGGAUAGCAUUAGUACGCAAGUUCUCAAAAAUUUUUGGUUGGACCGCCUACCACCUUCAGUUCGAAGUGUUAUAUCUAUUCUUGAUGGGGACCUAGAAGAACUUGCUAAGAAAGCCGAUACGUACCUCCGGUGUUCCAGUUUUCCUGUCAUGGUUGUUACCGAAAGCUCUACCUUAGACAAAACAGUGACUGCAUUGAGUGAUCAAGUGAAUGCUUUAUCCAACAGAUUAACUGUAGCUGAAGAAGGUCAACAGAUUCAAAUGGUCAAGACUACCAAGUCAUCAUCUGACGAACAGUGUUACUACCAUCAAAGAUUUGGUGCACAAGCAAAGAAAUGUAGACCACCCUGCAAUUUUACAAAAAACGAUCAAAGGGCGCAGUAA